AUGCAGCUUCUCACAGCUUCAAGAUUGCUUCUCCUUGCGAGCUGGGCCGUGACAGCCCUCUCAAUCGAUGGGCAGGAACCUCUCCAGUCGGACUCCGGUUCUCCAUCCAUCGAAAGCUCCUCCACCAAAGCUCUCCUCAAGCUGCACAAAGACCUUAUCACCCACGCAUCGAUUAGUGGUGCCGAGGAGUCUGUCGGAAAAUACCUCACCAAAUACCUUGAGAGCAAGAGAUUCACCGUCGAAGUUCAGGAAGUGCAAUCCAACCCACCUCGCGCCAACAUCUUUGCGUACGUGGGCAAGACGCGCAAGACGCGCACCCUCGUCUCCUCGCACAUCGAUACCGUCCCGCCGUUCUGGAAAUACGAGCGCAGAGGCGACGAGAUCUGGGGUCGGGGGAGCGUAGAUGCCAAAGGCAGCGUUGCGUCGCAGAUCCUCGCCGUCGAGGACCUGCUUGCCUCUGGCAGCAUUGCAGAAGGCGAUGUCGGAUUACUCUACGUGGUUGGCGAGGAGGUCGGCGGCGAGGGGAUGCGCAAGGCGAACGAUCUGGGCUUGACAUGGGAUACCGUUAUCUUUGGGGAGCCGACCGAGCUGAAGCUUGCGAGCGGGCAUAAGGGGACGAUGGGGCUGCAGAUUAGUGCGAAGGGCAAAGCAGGACACUCUGGAUAUCCUGAAUUGGGCAAGAGUGCUAAUGCGAUGUUGAUCCCGGCGUUGCAUGCGUUGCUGAGUUUGGAGCUGCCAUCGAGUGAGAAGUACGGGAAUACUACUCUUAACAUUGGACGUAUGGAAGGAGGUGUGGCGGGCAAUGUUAUUGCCGAGGAUGCCAGCGCUGAUAUUUUGUUGCGCAUUGCGGAUGGGAGUUUGGAGGAUAUUCAAAAGGUAAUUCUCGAGACGAUGGAGGAGUUAGGGCAGGAGCUGGAUGUCAGGUUCACGGGAGGUUAUGGACCGGUUUAUAUUGAUAGUGAUGUUCCUGGUUUUCAGACUAUUGUGGUGAACUACGGCACGGAUAUCCCACACUUGAAGGGGGACCAUAAGAAGUAUCUCUAUGGCCCAGGCACGAUCAUGAUGGCUCACAGCGAUCAUGAGCACUUGAAGGUGUCGGACCUAGAGAAUGCUGUAAAGGGCUACAAGGCUUUGAUCGAGCACUCGCUGAAGUAA